CCGCUCCCGCCCGGGGCCCGGCCCCGCCAUGGCCGCCGACAGCAGCAAGCAGUUCUGGAAGCGGAGUGCCAAGCUGCCGGGGAGCAUUCAGCCUGUCUACGGAGCCCAGCACCCGCCACUGGAUCCCCGGCUCACUAAAAACUUCAUCAAGGACCGCUCCAAGGUCAACGCACUGCCCCUGAAGAGCAAGAAGGCCUCUAGCUUCCACGAGUUUGCCCGCAACACCAGCGAUGCCUGGGACAUUGGCGAUGAUGAAGACGAAGACUUCUCCUUCCAGACCCUGAACUCAAAAGUGGCCAAGGCCACAGCAGCCCAGGUCCUGGAGAACCACAGCAAGCUGCGGGUGAAGCCUGAGCGGACCCCAUCUGCACUGAACGAGAUGCCAACCAACUGUAAAGUCAUCAAAUCCAGCAGUGAAGCCCAGCUCUCCAGAACAUCUGAGGACACCUGUGUGCGGAACCCACUCCACAAGCAGCAGUCUCUCCCACUCAGGCCCAUCAUCCCGCUUGUCGCCCGCAUCUCUGACCAAAAUGCCUCAGGGGCUCCUCCAAUGACUGUGCGAGAGAAAACCCGUCUGGAGAAGUUCCGGCAGCUCCUGUCCAACCACAGUACGGACCUGGAUGAGCUGAGGAAGUGCAGCUGGCCUGGUGUGCCCAGGGAGGUCCGACCUGUGACAUGGCGGCUCCUGUCGGGCUACCUCCCCGCCAACAUGGAACGGCGGAAGCUGACUUUGCAGCGUAAACGGGAGGAGUACUUUGGCUUCAUUGAGCAGUAUUAUGAUUCCCGGAAUGAGGAGCAUCAUCAGGACACCUACCGGCAGAUCCACAUCGACAUUCCAAGGACCAACCCUCUCAUUCCACUCUUCCAGCAGCCACUAGUCCAGGAGAUCUUCGAAAGAAUCCUGUUCAUCUGGGCCAUCCGACACCCAGCCAGCGGCUAUGUCCAGGGAAUAAAUGACCUGGUCACUCCAUUCUUUGUCGUGUUCCUCUCCGAAUAUGUUGAGGAGGACGUGGAGAACUUUGACGUGACGAAUCUGUCACAGGAUGUGUUACGCAGCAUUGAGGCCGACAGCUUCUGGUGCAUGAGCAAGCUGCUGGACGGGAUACAGGACAACUACACCUUUGCACAGCCAGGGAUCCAGAAGAAGGUCAAAGCACUGGAGGAGCUGGUGAGCCGGAUCGAUGAGCAGGUACACAAUCACUUUAGGAAGUACGAAGUCGAAUACCUGCAGUUUGCCUUUCGCUGGAUGAACAAUCUGCUAAUGAGGGAGCUCCCUCUGCGCUGCACCAUCCGCCUCUGGGACACCUACCAGUCAGAGCCGGAAGGAUUCUCCCAUUUCCAUCUGUACGUCUGCGCCGCCUUCUUGAUCAAGUGGCGGAAGGAGAUCCUAGAUGAGGAGGACUUUCAGGGUCUUCUCAUGUUAUUACAAAACCUACCCACAAUACAUUGGGGCAACGAAGAGAUCGGUCUCCUCCUCGCUGAAGCCUACAGACUCAAGUACAUGUUUGCGGACGCCCCCAAUCACUACCGCCGAUAGGUGCCAGGACUCGGCCCCUCCCCCACACUCGGCCCCUUCCUCUGGCCUGAUCUAAUCACUGUGGCAUUUUGUCGUGAAAGUCCUCAGACACUGGCCAGGAGCCACUGCUCACUGUACAAAGCUCCCAUCGACUUGUCUUAACUCUCAGUGUGCCUGCCUGCCACUCCGUGCACGUGGAUGUGCCACUCCAGCUACCAUCAGUAUUUCAUACCGUGCCAGUGGCCUGAGUCUGGGGAGGAGCAGAAAAGGAGCCAGGAGGGGGCAGUUCCUGCAGCUUGAAGACUAAACUGAGCCGAGGACUGGAAGGCCCCAGGCCUGGUCCAGCUGUGACCGACUGUCUUAGCCUUGCUGACUUUUGUUAACCCACUCAAGCACAGACACACCCCAUCCCCGCACGCAGCACUCCCCCAGCUGGGUCCAUUCCCCCUUCAGAUGCCGUUCGAUCCAGGUCCCGGAUGAAAUGCCUUACCAGAGACUCGCCCCAGCUGGAAGCCUUUUCAGGGGAUGGCCAUGCUGUAGGACGCAAGCAGCUCUCAGGGCCUCGCUUUGCUCCACGUGUCUGAAGAAUUGCAGCACUUCAAGGGUUAACAAGAGACACACACUCCCUUCCCGUGCAGCACGCCAAUACGCGUGUGGCAUGAGUACACGUGUUUGGGGGAGGGGGGAAUGGCUGACCCAUCCACGCACAGUCCUGGAUGAUGCGCGUCAACUCCUGUGAAUAACCAGUCAAAUCUGCUGUUGGCACAGCCCCUCCAGGGCAGGGGAGGGUGGAGGGGCUGUGCCACUGGAAACCCCCUUCCCAUGACAACACUCCUCCUCCAAGGCGUUCUGUGUAUAUGGUGUUCUUGUGUAUAUGGGUAUCAGAUGUACAAUAUACGUCCUCUGUUUGUAGCAGAUAUGAUUUUAUAUUUAUAAUGUGCGUCCCAUGCGUGUAAAGCCAGCCUAGGUACGAGUACAGUAGGGCUCCGGUCUCCUCGGCAUGGCGGGUUUUGGAGCUGUAGGCACUUCUGCACUAGCACAUUUGAAGAAAUGAGGGUUUAUUUUCUAUCAGGAAAACUUGACUUAAAAAUCUGUCUCGAGGCCCCCCAAGGUGCAAGAGGGGUUUCAAGGAGAGGGAGGAGCUUGCCGUGGCUGGAAGAACUCAGUACUCAGCCAUGCUCUUUUCAGCCCAGCCUCCAGUGAUCUCCGCCCAAGCGCUCCAGUGUGGCUCUGGUCACCUCUGCUGCCUUGGGUCAUUACUGUACCAUGCUGGAGGCCUCUUGUUUGGAGAGCAGUGAGCAUCAGUCUGCUUCCCCCAGCUUUUCUCCCUCCCCUGCCCCACGGUGUUGUCCCAUCAGGUCUUUAGGGACGUGAAGAGAAAGAGCCGUCCCCUCUUGCACGUCUCUGCACACUCCCGGGGAGCAGUGGGAACAGCGGUGGCCUCUCCCCAGACUCCCCACCCCUUUUCCUGACCCCGACCCCCCUCCUUGCCUCCAUGUGCUUUUAAGGAAACCAGUUUUGAAUGUUUUAAGGUAACACUUUAGUCCUGCCCGGAAACGGGAUCCCCUCAGUGCCAAGCAGUGUGGGGCACAUUCCUCCCCAUGGGUUGCUUCCUGCUGGCAUGACCUUGGCUCAUCUCCUCAGGAGCCUCUGAUAACUGUGUUUCUCAGAAAGAGGCAGUCCCAGGGGCUUCAAGUCAGAUAAGCAGCCCCAGAGAGGCCGGAAGGUGUGGGCGCGUGUGAGAGAGCCUUGUUGCCAAUAAAACUCCAACCAGUGUCUCAAGAGUUGCUUUCCUAACCUGGAGUUGUUUUCUCAGGCAUUUGGACUUGAUUUUGUGUGCGUGCGUGUGUGUGUGUGCGUGCCUUUUGUUGUUUUCUGGGAGAGAGCGACCUGGUGGUCAUUAGUUUAACAUGACUAAUUAAAAAACCAACAAUGA